GAAGCGAAAAUCGGCACCUUUCCUCCUCGUCGCCUCCGUCGUCUCGUCCGUCCGUCUCCAUUUUUACUGAUUCGUUCGCGGAUUCCCCGGCGCGCUCACUCUCCCUCCUCCCACUAGCUAGGGUUCUCGGUUUCUAGAACCUCUCGCCAUGCAAGCCCCGCCGCUCGCCGCGCUCGCCGGAGGCGCUUGGGCCUCCCGUCGACCCGCCAUAUUGGCGGCGCCGGCGGGGCUCCGCCGUUCCAGGCGCGGCGCCCUCCGCCUGCCCGCGUGGAGGGCGGCCGGAGGCGGUCGAAGCCCGCGGGUCCCGGCCAAGGGCGCCGUCCUCGCCUCCGACAUGGGGGCCGACGAGGUCGUUGGACCCUCGCCCCUGCUGGCCUCGCGCAGCGAGCAAGAGCUUGUUCUACGUGUCAAAAAGGAAGUUGAGAAAGGGAAGUUGCCUGCAGAUGUUGCUCACAACUUUCAAGACCUGUACUACAAUUACAAGAACGCGGUGCUGCAAAAUGGAGAUCCAAAUGCAUAUGAGAUCUUGCUUUCGAACAUGACGGACCUGUUUGAUCGCGUUCUGUUGGAUGUAGAGAAUCCAUUUACAUUUCAACCUUAUCACAAAGCCAUCAGAGAACCAUUCGACUAUUUCACUUUCGGUCAGAACUACAUUAGGCCACUGGUAGAUUUUAGGAACUCUUACGUUGGUAAUAUUUCUGUUUUUGAUGAUAUGGAGAAGAAGCUCCGUCAAGGUCAUAACGUUGUUCUGAUGUCUAACCAUCAGACAGAAGCAGAUCCAGCAGUUAUUGCCUUGUCACUCGAAAGAACCAAUCCGUGGAUUAGCGAGAACAUAGUUUAUGUUGCUGGGGAUAGGGUUCUUACUGAUCCUCUUUGCAAGCCAUUUAGCAUGGGAAGAAACCUCAUUUGUGUGUACUCAAAAAAGCAUAUGAAUGAUUUCCCUGAGCUAAUUGAUAUGAAGAGGAGAGCAAAUACUCGGAGUCUCAAGGAAAUGGCUUUGCUUUUACGCGGCGGUUCACAGAUAAUUUGGAUAGCUCCAAGUGGUGGUAGAGACCGUCCAGAUCCUUCGACUGGGGAAUGGCACCCGGCGCCAUUUGAUGCAUCUGCAGUGGAUAAUAUGAGGAGGCUUCUGGAGCACUCUGGCGUUCCUGGGCACAUAUAUCCACUAUCACUGCUAUGCUACGAGAUUAUGCCUCCACCACAGCAGAUUGAGAAAGAGAUUGGUGAGCAAAGGGUGAUAGCCUUCCAUGGAGUAGGCUUGUCAGGAGCUGAAGAAUUGAAGUAUGGGGAUGUUACUGCUCAGACUCAGAAUGCUGAUGAGGCAAGGGAGAAAUUCUCAGAGACGCUGUACAACUCAAUUGUUGAUCAAUAUAAUGUGCUUAAGUCUGCUAUCUUCAGAGACCGUGGAGCAGCUUCGGCAAACCCUGCCAUCUCACUCUCACAACCAUGGCGAUGAACAUAGUUUUCUCAGGCAUGGAUUUCUCCGAAGAAGUUACCUUGAUUUCUUUCAAUAGAGCAGAUGAACUGCUAUAGUGCAACUUUGCAGGUUUUCGCCAGGAAAGGCUUUUAGAACUUCGAUUUCAUGACACUUACUAAUCAUGGAGGAGGCUCUUACAGCUCUGCAGAUCCUGCAAGUUGCUGAAGUUGCAGGAAGAAAAGAUGUGUUUUGUUCCCGGUUCUUGCCGACAUCAUAUGCCGCCGCACCAUGUUUAUAUACUAGUGAUAAGAACUGUGCGGCUGUUGGCAGGUCUAAAUAUGAUUUUUGCCUAGAGGAAGUGAGGAACCCAGCAGCAGAUGAUGCAUGUGUCCACCAUUUUGUGAACAAUUACUGCUGUAUCAGAUUGGACACGUGUUAAUGGUGCGGUCAUCAAUACAAGCGGCUCAGCAUGUCGAUUCCUGCACGGUCAAAGUUAACUCGUUUCUUGUUCUCUAAUUUUAUUCUGUGUAUAUAUAUUUGAUUCUUUUGCCCCCAGAACUGGUGAAAAAUUGCCAGAGUCAUGAUAUGUACACAAUAGUUAAUUAGUUUGGCUGGUGCCUUUGCUCUUCUCGAA